UAUUUAAGAAGCUGCUAUCAGGUCUUCUAAUAUUAAUGUUCAGAGAGAGAGAGAGAGAGAGAGAGAGAGAGAAUCAUGGUUUCUAGGAAACACAAGAGAGCAGCCAUGUACAAGAAGCUGCAACUGCUUCGUUCAAUCACCAACUCCCAUGCGAGUAAAACUUCGAUUGUAUUAGAUGCAUCGAAGUACAUAGAAGAUCUAAAGCGAAAGAUAGAUGAAAUGAAUCGAGAUAUUGUCGUGGAAACUGUCCAAGCUUCGUUGCCCCUGCAACUUAAGGUAGAAGCGCAAGAAAAGGGUUUUGUGAUUGAGGUGUUCACGGAAAGGAGUUGUUGUGGUUUGCUUGUGUUCAUAUUGGAAGCCUUUGAAGAGCUGGGCCUUGAUGUGCGCCAAGCUAGGGUUUCUUGUUCAGACAGAUUUCACUUGGAAGCCAUCGGAGCCAGAGAUAAUCAAGGAGGUCAUGAGGACCAGAUAGAUGCUCAAGUGGUCAAAGAAGCAGUUUUGCAAGCUAUUCAAUGCUGGAGUGAAACAAGCGAGCAAAAAUAAGAAAGCCAAAUCUUAUUGUCUUGAACUACAUAAUUUUCUUCUACUUUCUAGCUAGCUUCGUUUUCCUUUAUUUUUUUCAAAUUUCCUUUCAAUUUCCAAUUAACUUAUAUCUAGAUGGAAUUUAAAUUUCUAGCUAGCGCGCGGUACCUCUUUUUUCGUAUAUAUGGUUCUCGUGAAUUGAUGGUUGCCAAUG